GUGACGAUCUGGGGCUCUUCGUCGAAGCCGACGCUUCGGAAAUGUUACACCAGCGUAAUGUUGCACCAAUUGAAGGUCGCACGAAGGUAUACGAUUCGACUAUUGUGGUGCUUAUUUUGGUCAAAAUCAAAAUAGUGUCUUGGACUAUUUCCACAUCAUAAGCACAAAGAUGCCGCCCCGUACGCCCCGCAGCUCGCUCAAGAAGCACGAUGCGGCCGCCGAGUCGCGGGCGCUGAAGGCGCGACGUCAGCGUACUACAGCUCAAGUUCGCAAGGACAAGCGUCGAGCCGCCGUGCAGACGAAGCGUCGGCGCCUCAUGUCAGCGGAGCAGCCGCCACUUACGGGCCGUAGCAUCGCCGAGCUAGUUCGCGUGCUGGGGGACACCAGCAAUGCUUCUGCCGCCCAGAGUCAGGCACGCUUCGAGACGCUCAAAGAGAUCCGCGUGCUGCUGGCCAGACACGAGAACGACUACGAGCAGGUGGAGCAGAUCAUCGAGUCCGGAAUUGUGCCCGUCAUGGUCUCGCUGCUCAACUCCGCCUCACCACUAGCCAGCGCCACUCGUACGGGCGGAGAAGUGUACCGAGAGAUCCUGUGGUGCCUCACCAACAUCGCCAGCGGCCAAUACGAGCACACAAAGCUGGUACUUCCAGCCGUACCUCGCCUCCUCCAAUUUCUGGAGGGAUCCAAUCAUUCCUUGGCUGAACACUCAGCCUGGGUGUUGGGCAACAUUGCAGCGGACUGCGAGGAGUUCCGUCAGCAACUUAUCGCCAAUGGAGCGGUGUUACCCUUGGUAAAAUUACUAAGUAACCCUAGUGAGAAGGAACUAGCCAAGACUAGUGCGUGGGCACUCUCUAAUUUAGCGCGUGGCUUCGAGACUCCCGCCAAGCCGUUUGUGGACGCUGGAAUCAUCCCUGUAGUGGUUAAAGGGCUCUCACAACCUGCAACUCCUGCUACGUUCAGUGAGGACAUCGUGGUCGAAGUAGCGUGGCUCUUGAGCUUCUUAACCGCUCGUGAAGAGGAGUAUCUGAAGCUCAUGUUGGAAAACGGACUGGUGGAUCUACUACUUCCCUACUUCACGACCAACAACGAGCUGCUACUGACUCCGAUCUUGCGUGUGUUCGGCAAUAUUUGCUGUGGAUCGCCCGACCACCACACGGACGAGUGGCAGAUGCCGUUUGUUCGUCGUUUAUUGAGUGCAGACUCAGUGGUUUUGCCCAAACUAAACGAGUUCUUACAGCCACAACAGGCUGGAGCGCAACAGAAGUCUCUGGCGGCCGAAGCAGCGUGGGUUGUCUCAAACUUGGCAGCUACUGAGGCCUCCGUUGUGGAACAGUUGAUGCAGGCCCAGUUGCUCCCUCUAUUAGGACAACAGUUCAAAGACGGCAGCUACGAAGUGCGUCGAGAAGUGGCCUUCGCACUGACGAACAUCGCUCUGACUAGUGCUGCACACAUGGAGAAGGUAUUGGCUCUGGAUGUCUUGAAAGGAUUCUUACAGCUCCUUACAGUGGCCGACGUGGCGAUCGUCGGUAACUCGCUGCGUUUUAUUGAAAAUGUGCUGCGUGUGGCUACACGCGGUGUGUCUCUCGUUGAGGUGAACGAAGGGAUCGAUGCAUUGGAGACGGUGCAGUUCGAGUGUGGAGAAGAAUACUUGUCGAAGUGGGCGGCUGCAUUGGUUAACGAGUUCUAUGGGGAAAAUUACGGGGUUAACUCACCACCUAGUGCUGGCGUCUCUGGGUUUAACUUCCCCACGGGAGAACCCGUACAGCUGCAGCUUGGAGCUCCAGCAGCUCCGGGUCCAGGCGGCCGAGGGCGUGGGGCUCACAUGACCACACCGGCGUGGAAGAAGUGAGGACAGAUAUGAAUACCUAGUGAUGACUACUUUCCUGGUAUCAAACGACAACAAAUAACAAAGGAAAAACUUUUUUUACAUUACACAAACGCAUUGACAUCAAUAUGAACGCGGUGUCUGAGCU